AUGCUCUUUCACUCUUUUGCUUUCGCGUUCUUUGGCUCAGUAUUGGGUGCCACCCUCCCAGGGUGUAAACUUUCCCCAUCCGAUCCCAAUUGGCCUUCCCUUGAAGAAUGGGGAGAGCUCAAUCGAACUAUUGACGGGGCUCUACUCAAAACUCAACCAGCCGCUUCUUCUUGCUACAAAGGCAACCCGCUUGACUCGCCCUAUCGUUGCCAAAUCAUCGAGGACAACUGGACUGCCGCCACCCUCCACGCCACCCUGCCUGAGUCGAUCGCUUCUCCGGUCUAUGCAAACAAUUCGUGUCUGCCACCUGGUGCUGAUGGGUAUAACGCCACCAAUGGAUGUCAUCUUGGUGGAUAUCCAAGUCAUAUCGUCAACGCUACUAGCGACGAGCAAAUUGCCAUCGCUACCCGUUGGGCAUCCGAAAAGAACAUACGCAUUGUGGUCAAGGGAACUGGCCAUGACCUGUUUGGACGAUCCGCCGGCGCCCAUUCCCUUUCGAUCUGGACUCAUAAUCUGAAGCAUACACGGCUCGUGCACGACUGGACGAUACCUGGAUCAAACAAGACAGAUACGGUCUUGUUCGCUGGAAGCGGUCUCAACUACGGCGAAGCCGUUCGCCAUGCUCUCGAUUCCAACCGUGUGAUUGUGAGCGGCAACGACGAAACGGUAGGCCUUGGUGGCCACAUCCAUGGAGGAGGUCAUGGUCCACUUUCAAGUACUUUCGGUCUUGCAGCCGACAACAUCUACCAAGUUCGCGUUGUCACAUCAGAUGGUCAGAUCUUGGUAGCCGAUGCCACUCAGAACCAGGACCUCUUGUGGGCUAUUCGCGGUGGCGGCGCAGGCCAGUAUGGUAUUGUUACGGAAUACGUUAUCAAGACUCAUCCUGCGCCUCGAGUCAUUAACACCGGCUUUUCUGUCAGCCCUGCUGGCAACAGCUCUGAUGCUAUUGAAGGCAGCUUUAAAGCGUUGGCUGCUCUUCUGCAGGAACUUCCGUCUGUUAUGGACGCUGGUUGCGCUGGUGCCACAAUUGUGUCAGGCGAUAUGAAUACUGGCGUCACCAUCAGUCAGGGUAUUUACGCUUAUGACAAAUCACCAUCAGCUGUCGAGAAGCUUAUGAAAUCGGCAAGAAAGCAUCUAUUAGAAGCCAGCGGAGGAGAAAAUAACACUCUGGUGACCAUAGUGCCCAGUGAGGUUUCUGAGUCCAGUUAUCUAUCGUUCUUCAACGAGAUGAACGCUGGUGGUUCCCACACAGCCGGCGCCAUGUCAAUGAUCUCAAGCCGUCUUCUUGGACGUCCAGAGUUGUCAGAUCUUGACCAAGACAAGCUCGUUGACUAUGCAAAGCGUCUUGUUAGUUACGGUCUUGUUGUCAUUGGUCUACAAGGAGGGCCUGGACCCGCCAAGGUUGACGAGAGUAUGCGCGGCUCGCUUCUCCCCGCGUGGCGCUCCAACUACCUCCACGUCAUGAGCUAUGGUAGCAAGUUCAAUCAGUCUCUUGUGCCGCAAGACAUGCUCAAGGAUACUUCGGAGCGCCUUGAAGAAGGCGCUGAGAGUCUGUGGCGGGAGUGGGCUCCUAAGACCGGUUCUUACAUGAAUGAGGGCAACCCUUUCAACUCUAACUUCAAGAAGGACUUUUAUGGUAGUUACUACCACCAGCUGCUUAAGGUCAAGAACAAGUAUGACCCCAGUAACAGUUUUUGGGUUCUCUCCGGCGUGGGAAGUGAUGACUGGGAUUACAACUUGAACUCUGGUAGGCUCUGUAGGAAGAGGAGCUGA